GCCGGGAGUUGCGGAGUCGGGUAUCGCGGCUCCCGGCUGAGCUGCGCCUGCGCAACUCAUUGGCGCCAAGAUGGCGAUGGAGAUGAGGCUCCCAGUGGCUCGCAAGCCUCUUAGCGAGAGACUGGGCCGCGACACUAAGAAACAUCUAGUGGUGCCGGGGGACACAAUCACUACGGACACGGGAUUCAUGCGGGGCCAUGGAACGUAUAUGGGAGAAGAGAAGCUCAUUGCAUCUGUUGCUGGCUCUGUGGAGAGAGUAAACAAGUUGAUCUGUGUGAAAGCUUUGAAAACCAGAUACAUUGGUGAAGUAGGAGACAUUGUAGUGGGACGAAUCACAGAGGUUCAACAGAAGAGGUGGAAGGUGGAGACCAACUCCAGGCUGGAUUCGGUCUUGCUGCUCUCGUCCAUGAACCUUCCUGGAGGAGAGCUGAGGAGAAGAUCUGCAGAAGAUGAGCUUGCAAUGAGAGGUUUCUUACAGGAAGGGGACCUUAUCAGUGCUGAGGUCCAGGCAGUGUUCUCUGACGGAGCUGUCUCUCUGCACACGAGGAGCCUGAAAUAUGGAAAACUAGGUCAGGGGGUUUUGGUCCAGGUUUCCCCCUCCCUGGUGAAACGGCAGAAGACCCACUUUCAUGAUUUGCCAUGUGGUGCCUCAGUGAUUCUCGGCAACAAUGGCUUCAUCUGGAUUUACCCAACACCUGAGCACAAAGAAGAGGAAGCAGGGGGCUUCAUUGCAAACCUGGAGCCUGUUUCUCUUGCUGAUCGAGAGGUGAUAUCCCGGCUUCGGAACUGCAUCAUCUCACUGGUAACUCAGAGGAUGAUGCUGUAUGAUACCAGCAUCCUGUACUGCUAUGAAGCAUCCCUUCCACAUCAGAUCAAAGACAUCUUAAAGCCAGAAAUAAUGGAGGAGAUUGUGAUGGAAACACGCCAGAGGCUUUUAGAACAGGAGGGUUAAGGAGGCGCUCCAGAAGGACAGGACUGUGGACCUUGCAGGAGUGAAGACUGUGAUGUGUGGUCCCCAUAUGUGGCUCAGCGAAGACUCGAGAGAGCAUCCCUUUGUCUGCAUCGACGGCCCUGUGACUGCCUCCAGCCCACAGGCCUGCUUUCUCCUGUCCUAACACCAAGCCGGGGUGGCAGAUGAACGGUGCUUCCUUGGGUUGCCGGCUGAGUCCCAGCAUUAGGGAAUAGUUUCAGCUCUUUCAAAGUGCACAGUGUUCCAGUCGAAUGGACUCCCAUCCUGGAAUAAUAUGGAGAAUGCUUUGUCUUCCACUCACUGUCACUCACAAGGCACAGUGCCCCGUGAAAUUGCCCCAAUAGAAAACAUGGCAUCCCUGACCUCCAAAUGGUCUGUUUUGGCCUCUAUUCCUAUAUCCUUUAAAUGACUGAGAAUGCAGCUGGUAAAGUUGGAAGAAUAAAGUUAACCAAGCAGGCCAGGCGCAGUGGCUCACGCCUGUAAUCCCAGCACUUUGGGAGGCCGAGGCGGGCAGAUCACCUGAGGUCAAUAGUUCGAGACCAGCCUGGCCAACAUGGUGAAACCCCAUCUCUACUAAAAAUACAAAAAAUUAGCCAGGUGUGGUGGUGCGCACCUGUAGUCCCAGCUACUUGGGAGGCUGAGGCGGGAGAAUCGCUUCAAUGUGGGAGGUGGAGGUUGCAGUGAGCUGAAAUCGCGUACCGCACUCCAGCCUGGGUGACAGAGCGAGACUCUUUCAAAAAAAAAAAAAACCAAGCAGCCUUUUGCUUGGUUGGAAUCUGAUUUUCUGUUGUAUAUUCCUUGUAGCCAUAGAUGCGAUUAUGUUCACACCAGGCUGCCUUAAUCUGUCCUGCUUGGAGAGUGACUUGUAAGAUGCUGAAUUAUUCAUGAUAAUAGAGUGAAUGUUCUGGGUCCAUGUACUCAGAUAAACAUGAAGAAAAUAAGCUAAGAAAAAUGGAGAUUGGAAAAGCAAAGCUGUUUUCCUCCUAUAAUUGAAGUAGUGGUGCAUUAACUUGUGGAUAAUUCAGAGUUAAAAGAUAAAAAGACGCCAGAAUUCUCGCUGAAGAAUGUGAGAAUUCCUGUGCAUUGUUUUUUCUGAUGGCUAUCUAAAAAUGGUGCCCUGAUGUAGGUUUGGGGGAACCUUCUUAAAAAGGGUACUAUGUGCCUAUAAUCCCAGCACUUUGGGAAGCUGAGUGGGCAGAUCAUCUGAGGCCAGGAGUCCAAGACCAGCCCGGCCAAUAUAGUGAAACCUCGUCUCUACCAAAAAUACAAAAAUUAGCCGGGUGUGGUGGCACAAGCCUGUAUGUAGUCAGCUACUCAGGAGGCUGAGGCAUGAGAAUCGCUUGAAUUCGGGAGGCAGAGGUUGCAGUGAGCUGAGAUCACACCAUUGCACUUCAGCCUAGGUGACACAGUGAGACUCUCAAAAAAAGGAAAAAAAAAAAGACGGCCGGACAUGGUGGUUCAUGCCUGUAAUCCCAGCACUUUGGGAGGCUGAGGUGGGUGGAUCACAAGGUCAGGAGAUCAAGACAAUCCUGGCCAACACGGUGAAACCCCGUCUCCACUAAAAUACAAAAAAAAAAAAAAACCAUAGCUGGGCAUGGUGGCUGGCACCUGUAGUCCCUGCUACUUGGGAGGCUUAGGCAGGAGAAUGGCAUGAACCUGGGAGGCGGAGCUUGCAGUGAGCUGAGAUUGUGCCACUGCAUUCCAGCCUGGGUGACAGAGUGAGACUGUUUCAAAAAAAAAAAAAGGGACUAUAUGCAAGUGCUGUCUUCACAUAUGUGAUGAACUAUUGUUUGUUUGUUUGUUUUUGAGACAGAGUGUCACUGUGUUGCCAGGCUGGAGUGCAGCAGCUCGAUCUCGGCUCACUGCAACCUCCACCUCCUGGGUUCAAGCAAUUCUGCCUCAGCCUCCCAAGUAGCUGGGACUACAGGCAUGCGCCACCACGCCCAGCUAAUUUUUGUGUUUUUAGUAGAGAUGGUUUCACCAUGUUGACCAGGCUGGUCUCGAUCUCUUGACCUCGUGAUCCACCCGCCUCGGCCUCCCAAAGUGUUGGGAUUACAGGUAUGAACCACUGCACCCAGCCGUAUUUUUUGAUAUUUAUAAAUGUCUUUUUUUUUUUUUUUUUUUUGGAGACGGAGUCUCGCUCUGUCGCCCAGGCUGGAGUGCAGUGGCGCGAUCUCGGCUCACUGCAAGCUCCGCCUCCCAGGUUCACGCCAUUCUCCUGCCUCAGCCUCUCCGAGUAGCUGGGACUACAGGCAUCCGCCACCACGCCCGGCUAAUAUUUUGUAUUUUUUAGUAGAGACGGGGUUUCACCGUGGUCUCGAUCUCCUGACCUCAUGAUCCGCCCGCCUUGGCCUCCCAAAGUGCUGGGAUUACAAGCGUGAGCCACCGCGCCCGGCCUUUUUUUUGUUUUUUUGAGAUGGAGUCUUGCUCUGUCACCAGGUUGGAGUGCAGUGGCAUGAUCUCAGCUCACUGCAACCUCCACCUCCUGGGUUUAAGCGAUUCUCCUGCCUAAGCCUCCCGAGUAGCAUAGCUGGGAUUACAGGCAUGUGCCACCACACCCAACUAAUUUUUGUAUUUUUAGUAGAGGUGGCGUUUUACCAUGUUGGCCAGGAUGGUUUUGAUCUCCUGACCUUGUGAUCCCCCCGCCUCAGCCUGCCAAAGUGCUGGGAUUACAGGCGUGGGCCACUGCGCCCAGCUAUAGAUGUCUUAACAUCGUUUUCUGUUCUUUUGUUCUGGGUAAUAAUAAGGAGCUGAGGACAGCUGAGGAAGGGCUUGGCAAACAAAAUGCCCUUCCGACAGAGCCCUAACUACUCCACGUAAACCUAGGACAGUCUCAAUGGUAAUAACUUUGAACGCUGCAUUUGAUAACUUUGAAAUACAACUUGGCUCUUUUUCAUUAAAUGGUAUGCUUCUCUAUAACAACACAAUAAACAACUUCUUACCUCACUUUGUUUUUGAGACAGGGUCUUACUCUGUCACCCAGGCUGGAGUGGGGUGGCAUGGAUCACGGCUCACUGGAGCCUCUACCUCCCAGGCUCAAGUGAACCUGUCUUAGCCUCCCAAGUAGCUGGGUCCACAGGCAUGUGACGUACCACCAUGCCUGGCUUUUUUUUUUUUUUUUUUUUUUUUUUGAGACAGGGUCUUGCCCUGUCACCUAAGCUGGACUGCAGUGGCACAAUCACGUCUCAACCUCCUGGUCUCAAGCAUUCUCCAGCUUCAGCCUCCUGAGUAGCUGGGACUACAGGUGCUGAGCCACCACAUCCAGCUAAUUGUUUUUGUUUUUCGGUAGAGAUGAAGUUUCACUACAUUGCCUGGGCUGGUCUUGAACUCCUGACCUCAAGCAACCCUCCUGCUCAAGCCAUCUUCCCACCUUAGCCUCCCAGAGUGUUGAGAUUACAGGCAUGAGCCACCACGCCCUGCCUUUUUUUUUUAUUUUUACAAAUUUUUUUGUUGUUGCCCAGGCUCAAGCAAUCCACCCACCUUUGCCUCCCAAAGUGCUGGGAUUAUGUGUUUGAGCCAUAGCUCCUGGCCUCUUUUUUUUUUUCCUAUCCAAAGUUGUAUUACUAGUUUUGGGGAGUUGACAGACAAUUGAAUAUUCUGUAGGCUGUGUUGCAGCUUUAGAUGGAUCGACCUGUCAUGUUUUUGAGGUUAUCCAGGCUGUAUACCUCUGGAGAGAAGGGAAUGGCAAAGAGUGGGAGUCUGAGUCAAGUUUGGUUUUGUUUUUUUAAGAGACAAGGUCUCUGUAAUCCAGGCUACAGUACACUGGCACGAUCAUGGCUCACUACAGACUUGGGCUCAAGCAAUCUUCCCGCCUCAGCCUCCUGAGUAGCUGGGUUUGGUUUUCCCCAGGGCCGUAUGUCAGCUUACUUACCCUCCUCACUUGGUGUCUCCCAGCCUGCCAGCCUAUGCUGUUCAUCCAGUAUCUGCUGAAUGGUGAUUACCUACUAAGUGGAACUAAUAUAAAAGUCUAUCCACAAGCAA